AUGGCGAGCCCUCGAACGAGGCGCGUUCUCAAGGAUUUGCGGCCGCUGGACGAGAAUAAUGUGGGUUUUCAAUUUUUCUUAUUUAUUUUUCCUCCGUUCAAAAUUUCUUUACGAUAUUUUGCAGGAGCUUAGAAAAAUUUAAUGAAGGUUUUUGAGGCGAGGAGACUUUUUAGUGCUAUUUUUUUGACCUUGUUUCUUCGCCCAGCAAGGAUUUUUUUAAACUCAAUUGUUUCAAUUAUUAUAAUUUCUAUCUAAAAUUAACAAAUUCUCACAUUUCAAUAUUAUAAAUGUUUGAAAUAAGUAGAACUCAAAUUUCAAAAAGUUUAUCUUUUUUUCUUUUUAAGAAAAAAAUUGUUUAGAAAAAAAUAAAGUCUUUCAACGAAUUUAUGGUGAAAAUAAAAAAAAGUAUUAUUUUUUUGUGAAAAAUUUUUCAAACUGAUACAUAGGCAAAGUUGGAAGGACCCUCCGAGGGUCCAUAAAGGACCAUAGAAAUGUUCCUUUUAGGGUGACGAAGGCUCUCUUUUUGCUGCCUUUUUGCUCCAUUUUCUCAGCCCUUAUGCACCAUUUUUGCUGCCUCUCCCUUUCUCCACCAUUUCUCGAGCCUUUAAAAUCCCAGAAAAAUGGAAGGUUCGAUGAAGGGAGUCUCUUUGCUCCCUUUCGCUGUCUUUUUGCUCCCUUUUGCUGCCUUUCUGCUGCCUUUCUGCGGCCUUUUUUGAGCCUCUCCCUUUUAGCGCCCAUUAUCCACCAUUCCGACUUUGCCCGAGUAUGACGAUUUCUUUUGAGUUGUACCAAGUCGCCUCAUUUAAAUCAAUUCAAAGCAAUUUUGGCUUUAGUGAAGAGUUUGAUUAACAGGAGCGUGCUCAGCUUUUUCAUGGCGGCAAAUAUCAGGUUUUUCUUCUCAUUUUCCAAGUUCCUCUUUUUAUGUUCCUUGAAACUUACAAAGAAACGAGCUUUAUUCAACCUUUUAAGGAACGUAAAAUGAAUUUUUUGUUCCCUUCUGAGGUCCUUGAAAUGUUCGGCUAUGUCCAUGUCGUUCACAAAAUUGCCGAGUGAAACAUCCUUUUUUUUUCAUUUUCAGUUUUGUUUCGAAUGCGAGGCGAACAAUCCGCAAUGGGUCUCGGUGACCUACGGAAUUUGGAUCUGUCUCGAAUGUUCAGGCCUCCAUCGUGGUCUCGGCGUUCACUUGAGGUGAUUUCUUCAGAAAAAGCUUUGGAAAACAAAAGAAAAUCGGGGUUUUUUUUUUACACUUUCAAGCAUUUUUAGUGGACUUUUUUUGGUCCAUCUCGAAGAUUAUUUGAGAUUUAUUUGACUACAUUCUCAUUGACGUUUCACUGAACUUGUGAUAAUUUUCCGUGUUUCCUACUAUGAAAUCGACAAUUUUGAUUUCCUGAAUUUUUGAUGUUAUACUUAGAAUCUUUCUAGGCAUUUCUGUGAUUUUCACUUAAUUUUUCUAAAAAUUAGCCUGCGUCUUUGAAAAAAAAAAUUGAGAAAUGGGAUGGUCUAUAAGAAUGAAAGUCUGUUUUAAAGUUUAUAAUUAUUUUUUUGAGUAUUCAAUUUCAGUUUUGUCCGCUCAGUAACAAUGGACAAGUGGAAGGACAUCGAGCUGGCCAAAAUGAAGGCCGGCGGAAACAGGAAGUUCCGCGAGUUUCUCGAAUCUCAGCCUGAUUAUGACCCGAAAUGGAACCUCCAGCAGAAGUAUAACUCCAGAGCGGCAGCUUUAUUCAGGGAUAAGGUGAUUAAAAUUUAUUGGGGUUUUAUGGCUAAAACAGUAUUAAUUCAGUUUUUAGAAGUCAAGAAAUUUGAAUAAAAGGUUUUUUUGUAAAAAAAUUUUUAGGAGAAGCACGCUUUUUUUCAGUUAAAAAAAGCUCACAAAGUCUUACAAAAAGAUUACUUUUUUUGCCAGUUUUCAUUAAAUUUCCAACUUUUUUUAUCUUUAUUUUAGUUCCAAGCUUCACGACUGUCUACCUCUCUUGGAUAAAAAUAUAAAUCCAAGAAGUUCACUUUUUUGGUAUCUUUUUUUUAAUCAUAGAAAAUUGGGAUUAAUUGUGAUCAAGCGACGUCUAAUCCAGAUGAUCCUAAGACACCUUUGCAGGAAGUUGCACAGUAUUUGAUUUUUGUUUCGAUUAAAGGUGGCUUGCGAAGCCGAGGGGAAGGAAUGGUCGGCGGCGACGUCCAGGGCGGCCAACUACAUGCCGACUUCGCUGGGAAUCCCGAGGCCGUCGGAGCAACGUUCCACGAGCAACUCCACGCUGGGAUCUUACUACGGCGGAAACACCAACAGCUACGCCGGCAGCGGCGGCGGUGGAUACAACACCGAAGGAUCUGUGUUAGUACUAUGAUCACCUGAAUGGUCUCAGGAUUUUCGCGCAUUUGAAAACUUGCGGAAAUUCUAUUUCGACCCUUUCUAUGCGAUUUUUCUUCCAUCAUAUUUCCUUUGUGUUUUUUUUUAAGUUCAGAAACAUCAAAAUUUACACAGAGCGUCCUGGUGUUUUGAAGGAACAUGUAAACAUAUGAUACUUAUAGCGUUUUUCAGACUAUUUGAAGUGAUGUCUAUUCAAAAACAAUAUUGUAGAUUUUAGAACAGACCAUAUAUGAAAAAUAAUCAUUUUGGGAGCUCAUAAAUGAAGUUCAGGGAAAGAAGAAUUUCCAUUCAUUUUUUAGGAUUAUAUACUUGAUUUUUCAGCGACAAUAAAUACCAAGGCUUCGGUAACGAUGCGCCGAGGUCAGGACCUCAAAACGACGAUUUGUUGACCGGCGCCAUGUCGUCCUUGUCGAUGGUUCAUUUCAUGAAUUUCUCAAAAGAUUUUUUGAUUGAUAGAUAUUAUUUCAGUUUGAAUACUGUGCUCUAUUGCCAUCUUCUUUUUGAAGAAAUCUUUGAAAGCUGUUUUCCGUUAUCUAGAAAAACGAUUUUCAACCGUUUACUCGAAUUUCGUAUUGUGCAACACAUCUGAUAAAUUUCCUUUAGAGUAGAGAUGCCUCUGAUGAAUCAUAUUUUGAACGGAUUGAAAGACAGAAAUAUCUCAUUUCCAGGGCUGGUCAAUGCUUUCGAAAGGAGCCUCUCAAGCGGCCGCCAUCGCCAAAGACGUCGGAAUGCAAGCGACGCAAAAAGCGUCGGAACUCACAGAUAAUAUGGUAAAACAUAUGAUUUACACUUCUCAAAGACAGCUCUUCAAUUAAUAGCUUGUGGUAUCCUAAAUAUCAAAACUGAAGUAGAAAGUUUGCGCAAAAAAAUGGCGAAGACCUUCAAAGUUUUCUGAGAUUUUUCUUUUUCGUCCAGCCGCAGAUUCAAAAACUAAAGAAGUUAUUUUAGACAAAGCAGUAUAGCUGAUUCACGGCCAGCUUGGGACGCUGAGGGGGCGUGUCCUGUCUGCGCUCCCCACGAGCCAGGCGCUAUCUCGUGCAUUAUCGUGUCAGGACCCGUUUUUCGAUGCCUCAAGCCAACCGUGAAUCAGCUAUAUUUUCUUCCAGAUGCAUUGUGCAAUAAAGCGCAAAAUCAUUUUUUAUUAAGUCAAUAAUUUUGAUUUUUUUUUCUCAUGUAAAAAUGUUCAAUGAGGUUUUUUUUUCACGAAAUUCAGUGGUUUUUAAAUUUCAGAAAAAACGCAGAGAAUCAUUUUCCACUUUAUUGCAAACGGCCUGUUUUGCUAAUAAUUUAAAGAUUGUUUGUUAAAAACUUCACGAAUUUUCGGAACUACGUGAAAAUGUAUGACUUUUUGAAGUUUUCUUCUAGUUUCUGAGAGUUCAAAGUAUUUGUGCUCCAGGGCCAAGGAAGCGGCCUUCUAUCGGGAGUAGCGUCGAAGGCCACGGAAGUCAGCACGAAGUCGUGGGACGGCCUGUCGCAAUUCGUCAAGUCUCCGUCGCUACAGGCCUUUGGAGGGAUCUUGAACCGAGGGUCUUUAUCAUCCGAAAACUGUCCAUUCAUCGUUCGCCUUCAGAGGUUAUGAAGAUAUGGCCGGUGCUGGGGGAGGACUCAACACUGGAACUCCUGUAAAUUCGAACAGCGAUUUUUCCAGCUGGCUGGAGUCUUCCAAUUUGUGAGUUAUUCAACGUUUUGAGCCAUUUAGUACUAGGAUAAAUUCCAGAUGAAUUUAUGAAUUUUUCAGGCCUCGAGGAGCACUACCAGCUGAAGGGAACAGCGUCUCAAGCAAAAGUAGGUUUUCAACGAAUUGAGUUCUUUUUUCAAGAAAGUCGACGUGGAAAUUACUGGAUAUAUAUAGUUCUGCAGCCUCAAAAGCCUGCUAAAAUUGAAUUUUUAAGCAUCAGUAGACCGAUGAACAAUUUAUCUAAAAACUAAACGCGCUAAAUUUGAAUUUGGAAGCCGUUUGCACCACUUCCGUCCUUUAUCUGAGCUCAGCACGGAAGCUAAAACCCUCAAGGGAUCACUUGAACCUCAGAAAACUGAAGUGGAAAUUUUAAAACACAACGAGAAAAAAUAAUAAUAAAUUGGCGUAUAGUUCAGUAGACCUUUUUUCUGUGUAGUAAGAUUUCUCCUAUAGUUUUAAUAUUAUUUUACAAGUUUCAAGGUCUUGAAGCGAAGCCGGAGAAAAAGAAGAAAUCGCGCGAGGAACGGUUAGAUGUGCAGGUGAAAGCGCCGUCAAGAAACCGAAGCGGCGCCUCUUUGAAUUCGGCUGGUGAUGAAGGUGAGAAAAUGUAGAUCCCUCAAAGAUUGAUCGAUUUCCCAGCUCCCCCGACGUCGACAUCAACCAUCGACCAAUUCGAAGCCGCCGUGAACAAGGCGAAAACGAACGUGGCUCAGCAAAAAGUGAAGAAACAAGAAGAGGAGAAGAAAGCGGCCAAAGGAUGGGACGACGACGCCUGGGACAUUUUGAACCAAUAA